AUGAUCGAUACACCAACCCUACCGCCACAGAAUCUAUGUGGGAAGACAGCCAUUGUAACAGGAUCUUCCAGAGGUAUUGGUGCGGGAAUCGCAGUUGAUUUGGCGAGACGAGGAGCAUCUGUGAUCAUCAACUAUGUCUCCACAAAGAGCAGACAGGCUGCCGAAGGAGUACUGCAAAAUAUCACAAGUAACGGAGGAAGUGCUUUGCUUGUUCAAGCCGAUAUCUCAUCUAUUGGAGGGAUUCAACACCUGGUUGAAGAGAGUGUCAAAUUCAGUCUCAGCAAGAAGAUUGAUAUUGUUGUCCAUAAUGCUGCAUUUGGCGACGAUUGUUAUCUUGAAGAUAUAACGCCGGAGUUCUACUAUAAGCAGACUGACACUAAUCUCAAAGGUCCGAUCUUCCUCACCCAAGCAAUUCUGCCUCACCUUCCCUCACACGGAGGACGCAUAGUCCUUGUUUCCUCUAUAUCCGCUCGCAUGGCCUUUGCAUCUCAGACAGUUUAUGCAGCUACGAAGGCAGGAUGCGAAGCUCUUUGCCGUUGUUGGGCAGCUGCACUAGGCAAGAAAUAUGGUGCUACGGUGAAUUGUGUCAAUCCAGGACCAGUUGCAACUGAGAUGUACUGGGAGAGUGACCCUGAAUUCCUCAAGUCGAUGGAGCCUAUUAUUGAUGCUACACCCGCUGCACCUCGUGUUGGGCAGGUGGCCGAUAUAGUUCCUCUUGUGGCUGUUGAAAUGACAACAGCGGACGCAUAUACCUGGACGCAUGAAGGCGGGUUGCAGAAAGGCGGACUAACGUGUGAGGGAGUCAUAUCUCCACCUGAGAAGUAUCGUGCACCACAGGACAACAUUUACGAUGUCAUCGUGAUUGGAGCUGGAUAUGCCGGUCUCACUGCAGCCCGUGAUCUAGCAAAUAUGAAACAUCGUGUCCUAAUGCUAGAGGGCCGAGACAGAAUUGGAGGUAGAACUUUCAGUCUCGAUAUAGAAGGCUUUAGAUAUGAAAUGGGCGGUACUUGGGUGUCGCAUUAUCAGCCACAUAUUCUUGCCGAAUUGAGAAGAUACGGGCUUGAGAAGCGUCUGGUUGCUACUAGACAACAUGGCUAUCAAUUUGAUUACUAUACACUCACUACCAAAGAUCAACAAAAACAGAUUACACAUGAAGAAGCCGCUUCGAUCUUUCAGAGCGCAUGGAACAAAUUCAUCAACGUUGAUGGACAUUAUUGCCGCAAAAUAUGCCCUCUUCCUUACCAACAAAUGGGUAAUCUCAUGGUUUCUCGGAAAGAAGUGGAGAAAUUUGACAAAUUGUCGUGCCGGGACCGCUAUAAUCAAAUCAAAGGCGAGCUCACAGCCGAAGAGUCUACCAUGCUUCUUUCUCAGCUUCUAAUGAUAUCGGGUGGUGACUUGGCAGAGUCAAGCCUAUGGGAUAUGAUCCGAGUACAAGCACUUGGUGGCCACAAUAUUGACAAUUUUGAAGAUAUAUGGCUCUUGUACAAACUGAAAGAUGGUCAAUCUCAUUUAGCAAAGAUGAUAUUUGACGACGCAGCUGAAAAUGGUCUUGAUUAUCUCUUUCAAACACCAGUUGGACGCAUUACAGACACCUCCCAUCAUCAUGGAACUGUUGAAGUUGAAGUGGCUGAUGGUCGCAUUUUCUACGCACGCCGUGUCAUCUGCACUGUACCCCUCAAUGUUCUGAAAGAUAUUCAGUUCAGUCCUGCGUUGACUACAAAGCGCCAGGCGGCAAUUAAUCAAGGCCACAUAUGUUUCAUGACCAAGAUCCAUGCAGAAGCCAAUGGUUCUGGACUCGCCUCGUGGCAAGGCACUGCGUACCCUAAUGACCUGCUCCUAGGGUUUGGUGAUGGGGUCACUACCCAAGGAAACAGCCAUAUUACAGCUUUUGGAGGUAAAGAGCACACUCUCUUUAAUCCAAAUCCUGACCUGGGAAAUAUCCAUAAAGCAUUUCAAAGUCUUCAUUCCAUGGAUAUCCAGAGACUCGUAUUUCACGACUGGAACUCAGAUCGAUUUUCGCAAGGAGGGCCUUGUUGGUGGAUACCUGGAUUCAUGACUCAGUAUCAAGAAGAGUUACAAGCCCGUCAUGGGAAUGUAUUUUUUGCUUCUGCUGACUGGGCUGAUGGAUGGCGUGCAUUUAUCGAUGGGGCUCUGGAGCAAGGGUGGAAGGCUGCCCAAGAGGUGGCUAGAGAGCUACAGUCCAUUAAGCCGCGAACCGCAAAAAUUUAG